AUGCAUGGAACGCACCCAGGCUAGAGAUAGAGAAAGAGUUGCCAGUAGGGGUAGCACUUCAAAUGAUCAUGAUACAUGAAACAUCGGUUUAAAUUUGUUUUGAUGAUCUAUCCUGCUUGUCCUUGUUUCUUUCUUAGUCGCCCAGUCCAGUUGAUGCCGUAAAGCUGACGUGUAGCGAAAUGCAGUUCUCUUAGGACUUCUCGACCAUUUGAAUUUCAUCCUUUAUUCAAUUAUUGAGACAUGGUGUGUACGUGGAAGAUAGGAGCUGAACUGGUGAAAAAUGAAUGCGAGGUCGCAGACUUUUGAGCUUACUGUGGAAGGCCGUCAAGUUGAUGAAGCGGUUGCCAGUAUAUUCCAUACUGUGCUAUUUCAUCGAUCUCUCGGAAAGUUCCGCUACAAACAAGAGGGCAGCUAUUCUGUAGGAACUGUUGGGUAUGAGGAUGUUGACUGUGAUUUCAUUGACUUCACCUAUGUGUGUUGUUCUUCAGAAAAUUUAGACCAAACAUUAAAAAGAGAAAUUUCUGGCUUCUCAGAAGCAUUACGGUGCAAUGAUGGGCCAGGGUCAGGACAAAUUUCUUUGGAAUUCUUCCAGAAGAAAAAGAAUCGCUGGCCAUUUCAGCCAGAAUGUAUACCAUGGGAGGUAUGGAAUGUUCGUCUUGAGCUUAUCAAGCUGACUACUGAACAUGAGAGACAGGUAUGCAGAGAGAAGGUUGGUGACAUGCUCACUGAUAAAAUUCUUUAUAUAGCUGAGAUAAUGAAUAGGCAUGAAUAUGUGCCAAAGAUGCCCAAUCAGUCAGAAUUGGAUCUCAUCUUUGACACAACUUAUCCUGAUGUCCAACCGUACCUGUUUAAGCUCUCAUUUACUACCUCAGGGCCUACAAAUACUUCAGUAGGAAUGACAAUGAAAAAGCUUAUCAAGGAGACAUUGUCCCUGUGAGAGAAAAGAUGAGUGAUGUUUUUCACCAAAUUGGGAUUUGCUCAAAAAUCAAUUUACUUGAGCCAGUGGCAUUGUUACCUGUGAUAAAGUUUUUCUCAAGCAUGACUUUCAUACACUUAAUAAGCUGAAAAAUUUGUAGUAAAGAAUCAUUUUAGACCAAUUCAUUACAUGAAAAUAAUAGUACCAAACUCUGUGCUUAGAGGACUGAAGUGCUUGAGUCAAACAUAUUAAUUGACCAAGAGAUGAGUGAGAUGCACAUGCAUGUACUCAAUUUGAGUGAAAGACAUCGCUCACAAAAUAGUUGUAAAUAACUUGUAGUGUUUUCUUCCACAGACGAUAAAAUGUUGAGUAAAAGGACUUUGGAUAUGUGGACAAUCUAACUUAAACUUUCUGUUUCUUCGUAAUUGCAGUUUGGUGGUUGGCUCUAUUCAAUCUUUUGUUUUAUUUUAUUUUUCUCAAUUUACUUUCUGACUUCAGCCACAGCUGCAUAAGUAGUUUUGAAGCCAUCAAAAAUGUUAACGCUAAACUGAAACUCAAACUAUAAACUCUUUAAGAAUUCUUUAUUGUUUCUUUCGUUUCUUCAUUUUCCCUCUGUCUGGUGAAAGAACUUUAUUUAUAUGGUAGUCUGCUGUGAUUUGUGUCUACUUCAAAUUAGUAAAGAGAAUAGAUGUUAUGGACUUUCCUUGUAAAAGUAAUGUCUUUCAAUUUCUUAUCCCAUCUUAUAUUUUUUCCAUGUGAUUCCUGUACUAUUUCCAUACUUCAUGAAGAUGCUUGCUUAAUAAUUUGCAUUCUUGAAAUAACAGUAGUUUUAAAUCUAGUUGAGACAGGCCCUUAAAUUAAAGUAAAUUUUACUCUGCUGUCACACAUUUUUCAAGAGUAAAAUCUUUGAGGGGAAAAAAUUGUUUCUUGCCUCAGUUUAACUUUGUUUUAUUUAUCUAUCUAUGUAUGUAUGUACUAUGUGUGCUGUUAUGAAGUUGUUCCUGUAUUUAUGUUGAGGAAUGUGAAGGGUUGUACCAUGUACCAUUGUAGCUUAUUACUAACUUGGCAGGGUUCCCAAAGCCAUAUAUUGGUGUAAUAUGCAAAGAUUGUGAUGAUCUUCUGAUGUGAGAAAUGCGGUUAAUCUCUGCUGUGAACAGAGUUGUUUUUAUGAAAGAGCCAAUUUUAUAAAAUGUAAGGAACUAAAAAUCGAUUUGAAAGUGAGCAAGUGAUAUAGUGUUCAAGGGUUUUGUAUUCUUUUUUAUGCCAAACAAGAGGUGGUUGUAUCAUCAUAAUUUUCCUGCUUGUGGCUCAUACAAUUAGUCUGUCUUGAACAGUCAAGUGAUUUUUACCACAUGUUCAUAAUUUUGUAUCAUUUUGUAUAGUAAGAUCUCAUGGGACUUAUAUUAAGACAUCUCAGUGUAACUAAAAACAAAAAACAAACAAAAAAGAUCAGGAAACAAAAGCUGUCCAGAUAUUUUCACGGGGUCAUGUGAUAGGUACUGCUCAGAUGAUGUUACACAGCAGUAGCAUUAGACAUUAGAAAUUUCCUAACAAUGCCUUCAUCUACUGCCUGUCACGGUAUUAAUCGUACUACAAGUGUACAUUUAAAAAACAAAAUUGUCCUAUUACUGACAAAUAACCACAUUUUAAUAAUAAAUAUGCAUUGUAUCAUCUUUUAUGGAUUUUAUUGAAGUGUUUUUGGUGUAAACUUUCUAAUUUUGCUUCCUGCUGUGCACUUAGUGUCAUUACAUAACUACCAUAUGUUAAUGUUUUGUUGUAAAAUGAUGCUAUAAGCAAUUUAUUGUUUUUGUUUUAAAAAAAAAAACUUCUCUUCAAUACGAUUUACAGUUCUUAUUAAAUCCAAGAUGGGUAUGCUUGUUGUUGUUUCAUGUUUUGUUGUGCGGAGCAUUAUGUAAGGGGAAGAAUAUUGAAAGAUUGUUUUUGUUUCAUUAGAGAAAAGAAGAAACAUUUUAAUAAAGAGAUUGGUCACAUCUUAA